AUAUCCAGAAUUGGAGCUCCAAGCCUCCAGGAGUAAGUAUCGAGUAUCGUCUGUGUGUUUUCACUUCUCGGAGCUGAGAAACGGGGAUGGCUACUCCAGCUCAUCUCUCACUCUUCUCCAAACCUGCACCUUCACACUACGUCCUUGCAUUUCCAGGAACCGGGUCCAUUUCACACAAAACUGCCCGGUUCAAAUGCCUGGCCAGCCAGAGCGGAUUCUUCACACGACUUGGUAGAUUGAUAAAAGAGAGGGCCAAGAGUGACGUCGAGAAAAUCUUCUCGGGAUUCUCCAAGACCAGAGACAACUUAGCCGUAAUCGACGAACUUUUCCUUUACUGGAACCUCGCCGACAGAGACCGAGUCCUCGAUGAACUCGAAGAGGCUCUUUUAGUACCUGAUUUUGGGCCAAGAAUCACAAUUAAGAUUGUGGAGAGCUUGAGAGAGGAUAUACUAGCUGGGAAGCUCAAAUCGGGCAGCGAAAUAAAGGAUGCUUUGAAAAGGAGUGUACUCGUAUUGUUAACUAAGAAAGGGAGUAAGGCUGAUCUUCAGCUUGGAUUCAGGAACCCGGCUGUGAUUAUGAUAGUUGGCGUGAAUGGAGGUGGGAAGACAACCUCUCUUGGAAAACUGGCAUAUAGAUUAAAGAAUGAGGGGACAAAGAUAUUGAUGGCAGCCGGUGAUACAUUUAGGGCAGCUGCCAGUGAUCAGCUGAAGAUAUGGGCUGAAAGAACAGGAUGUGAGAUUGUUGUGGCUGAAGAGGACAAGGCCAAAGCAUCAUCAGUGCUUUCAUGGGCUGUGGAAAAAGGGAAAGAGCAAGGCUUUGAUGUUGUACUGUGUGAUACAUCAGGACGUACACAUGUGAAGCUUUUAUGACCAGCCAUUGUUAGUUUUAUGAGCUUUCUAUUCUUUACUCCAUGAUCUUUUUUGUUUUAAAUUUUGUCAGGUCUUCACACUAACUACAGCUUGAUGGAAGAGUUGAUAGCAUGUAAGAAAGCUGUAGGCAAGGUUGUUCCUGGUACACCUAAUGAGAUCCUUCUAGUGCUAGAUGGGAACACUGGUUUGAAUAUGCUUCCCCAAACGAGAGAUUUUAACGAAGUGGUUGGAAUAACUGGUUUGAUUUUGACAAAACUUGACGGUUCUGCUAGACGUGGCUGUGUGAUGAGCUUGGCAUCCCAAUAAAGUUUGUGGGUGUUGGAGAAGGUGUUGAAGAACUACAACCUUUUGAUGCGGAGGCCUUUGUCAAUGCUAUAUUUUCAUGAGGUCUCAAAUCUGGCAGUGUGCAUGACGAAACUAGAGCAAUUAGAGUCUUGCAAUUUGCUGAAAGUUCUGGGCCUAACAACCAGACAUGACAAUGAGAUGCGGAAGCUUAAGACUUUUCCAUUAGGUUGGCAACUAGGGUUGCAGAUCUUUCAGUUGCAUGUUAGAUGGUGUUUAGAUCUCUACCUUUAUUUGUUUAUUUAUGUAUCUAAGUGCUUCCAAUAUAUAUAAUACAAGGAAUGUUAAUUUAUUUCAUAUUCA